GUGACUCCCUCCGCCCCAAGAUGUACGGACUGCUGCUGGAGAACCUAUCCGAGUACAUCAAGUCCGUUUACGGCGAGGAGAAAUGGGAGGACAUCCGGCGACAGGCUGGCAUCGAUUCGCCCUCCUUCAGCGUACAUCAAGUCUAUCCCGAGAAUCUGCUGCAGAAGCUGGCCAAAAAGGCUCAACAGGUGCUGGGCGUUUCGGAGCGGGAUUUCAUGGACCAGAUGGGCGUCUACUUCGUGGGCUUUGUGGGUCAGUAUGGCUACGAUCGUGUCCUGUCCGUCCUGGGCCGCCACAUGCGCGACUUCCUCAACGGACUGGACAACCUGCAUGAGUACCUGAAGUUCUCGUAUCCGCGGAUGAGAGCUCCCAGCUUUAUCUGCGAAAACGAAACGAAGCAGGGUCUGACCCUGCACUAUCGUUCCAAGCGUCGAGGAUUCGUCUACUACACGAUGGGUCAAAUCCGAGAGGUGGCACGGUAUUUCUAUCACAAGGAGAUGCACAUCGAGCUCGUUCGGGAGGAGAUCCUCUUCGACACGGUACACGUGACCUUCCAACUGACCUUCGAUAAUCGGGCCUUCACGCUUGCAUCCUUGGCCAUGACCCGAGAGGAGAAGCAUCUGCCCAUCAGUGCUCAUGUGCUGUUCGAGAUAUUUCCCUUUUGCAUGGUUUUUGGUGCUGAUAUGGUUGUGCGUAGUAUUGGUAACUCAUUGAUGGUGAUUUUACCGGAACUUCUGGGAAAAAAAAUUACGGCCUGGUUCGAUCUAGUUCGACCCUUAAUUGCUUUCAAGUUUCAGACUAUACUCAAUCGUACUAACAACAUUUUCGAGCUUGUCACUGUGGAUCCAGUUACGGAGAGAUUCGAUGUUCAAAACGAGGAUCUACUGCAGCAUGAAGAUGGCAGCGAACCGGAAAAGUCUCUUAGAUUAAAAGGUCAAAUGGUUUACAUGGAGAACUGGCGCAUGAUCAUGUUUCUGGGUACUCCCGUAAUGCCGGAUCUGACCUCCCUAAUAACCACAGGUCUAUAUAUCAACGAUUUGUCCAUGCACGACUUCAGCAGAGAUCUCAUGCUGGCGGGUACUCAACAAUCGGUGGAACUGAAGUUGGCACUGGAUCAAGAACAGCAGAAGUCCAAGAAGCUGGAGGAGUCCAUGAGAUUGUUGGAUGAGGAGAUGCGUAGAACGGAUGAGCUGCUGUAUCAGAUGAUACCCAAACAGGUGGCUGAUAGGCUCAGGCGGGGCGAGAAUCCCAUUGAUACCUGUGAGAUGUUCGAUAGCGUUUCCAUCCUGUUCUCAGACAUCGUAACCUUCACCGAGAUUUGCAGCCGCAUUACUCCGAUGGAGGUAGUGUCCAUGUUGAACGCUAUGUACUCCAUUUUCGAUAAGCUGACGGAACGGAAUUCAGUGUACAAGGUGGAAACUAUUGGUGAUGCGUAUAUGGUGGUGGCGGGUGCUCCGGAUAAGGAUGCCAAUCACGCCGAGCGAGUCUGUGAUAUGGCCCUGGAUAUGGUGGAUGCGAUAACCGAUCUAAAGGAUCCCUCAACGGGCCAGCACUUGAGGAUACGUGUGGGCGUCCAUUCGGGCGCAGUGGUGGCGGGCAUAGUGGGCCUUAAGAUGCCGCGCUACUGUCUCUUUGGCGAUACGGUCAAUACCGCCUCACGAAUGGAGUCCACCAGCAUCGCCAUGAAGGUGCACAUAUCCGAGUCCACGAAGGUUCUUAUAGGACCUAACUACAAGAUCAUCGAGCGCGGUGAGAUUGAUGUAAAGGGCAAGGGCACCAUGGGCACAUAUUGGUUGGAGGAGCGUGAGAACCGGCUGCCUCUGCAACUAACCGCUGCUCUGCAGGUUCAUCCGCUCUCACCUGUUCCAUCGACGCCCACACCCAAGACGAAGGCCAUUAUGCCUCCUGUAUCCAAGCCGUUGACUCCGAUGGUGCCCGUUUCGGUUUCCCUAGCAGUUUCCAUUCCCGCCACCAACGUUCCUGCUGUGGAUGUGAUGGCACCAUCAUCCAGCAUUUCCGGUUUGGUACUAACAGCCGCUGCAGCGGCUCACAUGUCGCUACAUCACCAGGCGGUGGUGGCGGAGGCAUUAACUGGAGCUUCAGUUGAAGUGCCACCACCAGUAGCUUCUGGCGCAACAGGAGCGGCAGUGGGUGGAGGUGCACCGCCGGAUGACCGCAACAGUCGCAUCUACUCACCCGUCACCUUCAAGGAUGUAGCUCGACGAAGCGUAGCCAAUUCUCCGGUGAGGAGCUGUGCUCCACCGGAUCAGGAGAGACGUCGCGAGUCCCGCUCCAAUUCCACGGGCCACGUAUUUAUGCGAACUCCUUCGGAUAUUUUCGGCUCUCUCAUCCUGGACACCGAGGAGUUUCUCGAGGAUCUUCAAAUCUCACGUUCCUCUCUGGCAAACAACAACAACAACCCGAGCCCUUGCGGAUUUAGCCCAACUCCUCCAUUCCGUAUUGGCAGCGCACCGCCCAAGCCGAGACCUAGUAAUCCGGAUAAAUUUACACCGGAGGAACUGGCCGCCAUGGAUCAACUGACGCCUCCGUCGACGGCACCAGCCAGAGAAACGGCCAGCUGCAGCAGUGCAUCAUUGGAUCGCGACAAGGCGACCAAGCUGAAGAAAAUCACUUUCUCCAACAGCAGCAGUCUAGAUGCCACCACUCCAACUGCGUUGGCUGCUGUGAUAUGUCCAAUGCGAUCGAAGUCGCCGCCCAUGACAGUGGCUCCAGUGGUGCACAUGGUACAGGCUAGCACCAGUAAAGGCGACAGCCAACGACCAGGCUCGAAGGAUUCGGUAUCAUCCAUUUCCCUGCACUCACCUCCUCCGCAUCGAUCUAACUCGGCACCAGCCAGGCCGCACUCAAUGUCGAAGGCGGCGCGAAAGGCCUUCCUGGCCGCCAAACAGACCAAGGCAAUGGAGAAGCUGGACAAGAUGAUCGAAGAGGUUCAAGAAGUGGAGUCCCAGUCGGCGACAAAGGCGGCCAACAUGCGUCUGGCCCUCUAUGGCCACGAUGGAGCUGGUGAUUUGGCUGCCGGUGGGUGUCCACUGUUUCUGCCUCCGCCGCCGCAGCAACAACAGCGCCUGAUGCCCAGCUCCAUCUCAGACUCCGGCCUCUGCAGUCAUGGUCAUAGUCAUGCACCCAGCUGUCAUCAUAUGGAUCCGAAGAUGAGCAACAGCCAGAGUUUCCAGCAUUCCCCACGUGGCGGAAUAACCCAUCAGUGCUGCAGCGGCUUUGGACACGGAAAUGGACGUCACUCGCACCGGAUGCACUCGAAUGCCUGCCGGAUUCUGUAGAGGAUGGCAGGACGAGCACAUCUUUCACCAAUUCCAUAUCAUGUAUACUGACUCGGAUUUCGCUCAAUGUUCCCGCGUGCUUUUCGAUAUAGUACUUAUAACUAAACUAGUCAGCAAUUAUUAGGAUUUAGAUAGAUGUUGAAUCUCAUAGUGUAUAGAAUAGCUUAGAUAAAAAAUGUACCUACGUGUUACGUGUACCCAGACUAUAGCUAGUCGAACAGGGCUUUAAAAUUUGGCAAAUCAGUGUCUAAAUAUGCGAAAAUCUGUAAAUCUGUAAAAACUGUUAGCACCCUUGAUGCCUAUGUGUAUUAACCAAAAGAUUUUAAAUUUCUUGACCUCUAAAUAUGACAAUACCAACC